AUGAGUUCCAGUGCUUCAUUGAAGACACUGAAGGAUGUCGAAAGCCACGUGCUGAAGAUAUCGGAGCUGGUUGGAAAAAUAGAAAGAGAGUUGGAGACAUAUCCUGAGACCCGCAUUGUGACGAAUGACGAAAGCGAAAUAAAGUUACUGACCGGCACGGCCAGCGACCCCUACCUGCUGGGAACACGACUUGCUCACCUUCCGCCCGAAGAGUACGGGGCCACCUUGUUGAUACUUACGGAGGCGUUGGCAGCCCUCAUGAAGGGCAAGAUAGCGCUCAACGGCGUUAAUUUGGUCAAGGGGAAUCCUUUGUAUGACCAGUGGAAACAGCUGAAGGCAGCCGCGGACCAAGCGUGUGAAACCGUUACUUCAGGGAUUGAUCUGGAAGCUGCCGCGCGCUUAGCAAAACCUUAA